UGGGUCCUGUCUCUUCCCUCUGCUUCAGCCUCCAUCGUCUCUUCACACGCAAAAGCCAAUUCAACUAACAAGAAGAGCUUCUCUCUCCUAGGGUUUUGUCAUUUCCGAGCAUUGAAACACUAAAACAUUGGCCCAAAAUAAGCAGCCUACACUUAUUCAUCUUCGAAAAAUGCGAUCGUUUCCUCAGCCGGGUUCAGUCACCGUCUGCGAAAUUAACAGGAAUUUGAUUACCGCCCUGAACCUUUCUGAUGAUGGAGCGAAGGACGCAUAUGGAAAACAACUUGGAAUGGUAUUCAGUCCGGUUCCUUUUCAGUGGGAUCAACUGUUGGCGCUGAGUCCUGAGCAUGGAGCAGAGCAACCGCCGCAAGUAACCGGGGAGAGUGUUGCUCCAAGGAGAAAGGAUUUAUCAACAGCAUUGCAGCGGAUCGUGAAUGAUUCACUCAAACGGUUCUUUCAUCCCAAUGAUGUAAACUGUUUACCAGAGGUCGAUCUUCAAGGAGUAAGUUGGCACCGACAUAAGCAUAUUUUAGCAUUUAUCUCUGGGCCAAAUCAAGUUAUAGUUCGAGAUUAUGAGGAUUCAGAAGGGAAGGAGCCAUGCAUUCUAACCCAUGAGUCACAAAGAGAUGUUAAACUUAUUGAGUGGAGGCCUAAUGGCGGGAAGACACUUUCUGUAGCAUGCAAGGGUGGUAUUUGUAUGUGGGCUGCUUCUUAUCCUGGCAAUGCUGCAAUUGCAAGAUCUGGGGUUGCCCCUUUCUUCGGAACUGUUGCUAGAGGCUCUGGAAUUCGGUGGACUGUGGUAGAUUUCCUACAAAGUCAAAAUGAUGAACAAAUUAGUGCACUAUCAUGGAGUCCUAAUGGAAGAUAUUUGGCAUCUGCUUCAUAUGAAAGCUCGUCAUUCACCAUAUGGGAUGUUGCUAAAGGGCUAGGGACACCCAUUCGACGGGGAUUAGGAGGCAUAUCAAUACUGAAGUGGUCACCUACUGGAGAUUAUUUUUUAUCUGCCAAAUUUGAUGGAACAUUUUAUCUUUGGGAGACAAACACAUGGACAUCAGAACCAUGGUCUUCAACUAGUGGUUUUGUCACGGGAGCAACAUGGGAUCCUGAUGGGCAUAUGGUACUGAUUGCUUUCUCAAAAUCCUCAACAUUGGGUUCUGUUCACUUUGCAUCAAAGCCUCCAUCAUUGGAUGCACACCUGUUACCAGUUGAUUUGCCAGAGAUAAUGUCUUUGACAGGCAGUCAAGGCAUUGAGAAGAUAGCUUGGGAUGCUACAGGAGAGCGACUGGCUUUGUCAUAUAAAGGUGGGGAUGAAUUAUACAAGGGUCUCAUUGCCAUAUAUGAUGUUAGAAGGAAUCCUCUGAUUUCUGCAUCAUUAAUUGGGUUUAUUAGGGGGCCUGGCGAAAAUCCGAAACCUUUAGCAUUUUCAUUUCAUGACAAGUUCAAGCAAGGUCCAUUGCUUUCUGUGUGUUGGAGCAGUGGCUUUUGCUGCACCUACCCUCUCAUUUUCCGCUCUCAUGCUCUUUCAUAAUCAAGUUUUUUUGCUGGAGGCUUUUCUUGGAUUUCUGCAACUAAUAGGCCUUUUUGGGUAUUGGUGGAGAGGGCAGAUGGAGUUCCUGAAUGAGUGCCUCCCAAAACACCUACCAAAUUUUCUGUCUCACCCUCAUUCUGCAUAUUAAUAUGUUGGCCCUUUUUUUUUCAGGGAGUAGGCAAGGAAGAAUAGCUCAUGUUGCCUAACAGAAAUGCAGAAUCCUGAGAAUAUUGAUUUUUGAGCUGUUAUGAUUCAUAUUUUAAAAUCCUCCAAUGCAGACUAGGCUGGAGCACCUCUUUUCACAUUUUAUGUAAUUUACGUUUGUUGUGUGACAUGGUCUAUUUCCAAACAGGAAUCACAGUUUAGUGUCAGGGUAAAUGAGAUUUAGGUGGUGUUUGUUUUUUUACUUAAUUCUAAAUAGAACCUUAAUGUUUAA